UAAAUAUAUUUUAAGAUGAGUAAAUGGAAUUUAGUAAACCAUCAUUCCUCAAUUCAGAGGAGACAAAGUAGUGAUCUAUUCCCCAAAUCGCUUGAUAAUCCUCCUAAUAUUCGUAUUUAAAAAGCCGAAACGAUCUAGAGAUAACUUACUCAGGUUAUCAGGAAGCCAGUACGCAGCAGCAAGUGUUCUAGACUACGAGUAAAAAUCACAAUUACUAAUUUACCUCUGGUUCAAAAGCUUGAGGCCGAGAAAAUCAGAAGAAAGCGAGACCUGAGGCAUAUGAGGUCAAAUGAUGUAAUAGCUGGUAGUCUUGGUAACUUGCGGAAUUCAAGCCAUGGGAGUUUAUAUAAUGUAAAUCCUCCAAACUCUGCUCACCAAUGGGGAGAUUUUUCAUUAGCUCACGCUGAAAAUACGAAGCACUCGCAGGUUAUUUUCCCUAGUGAUGAAAUCACAAAUGAGACUAUAAGAAGAGAGAACAAGUUGAGAGAGAAGAAGAUGAACGAUCUUCAGCAGUUCAAUGAUUUGUAUGAAUAUCUCAAUACAAGGAACAAAACUAAAUCCAUAAAUAUGGCCAAACCUAGCAAAAAGACUAGGAACAAAUUAGAAGUGGCCCUUCAUACAGAGAAGUACCAAGCUAUGGACUCAAACCUUAACCCAAUCAGAGAGAUGGAAGAGCCAGACUCCGGUUGAGCUAUCCCUGAGAAAAGAAAGCUAAACUAUAAAUAAACUCAGUUUUUAAUAAGAAAAAAGAAGUGGCCAAUAACACACUCAAGAAAUCGGAUGUGCACAGAAGCGUAGACCCUGACUAUAGAAUGAUCAGAGGGGAGAGAAAAAGAGCAAUCACUCACCUCAGGAAGAGGUCUGAUAAUAAUCUUGAAAAGGCGAACAGCCAUAAAGAUCCCAAUUCCAAUAAUAAAGUCCUAAAACCUCCUCAAAAUGUACAAAAGAAUGUUCAGAAAAUCACACAGAAUAGGCAAGAAAGGUCAAAUUCAGAUCUUUCUCAGACUAUGAAUCAAAAAGUUGAUCCUCGGUCUUCUACACCUAAUUUGAAGGACUCUCCUCAAUCACUACUUGGUAGAAGGAAUGCUAUCAGGUUUAAUUUCAGUAAUGCACGUCCAAUGGCAACAACUCUUAAGAAGGAUAGUAUAACUCCGAUCCUAGUCCAUAGCUCAGUUCUACAAAAGGAUAAAGAAAAAGAGCAAGAACUUAGUGACCUAGAUCAGAGCUUUUAUUCAAAAGAUGGAAAAGAUGCAACUAUAGAUAAAAAACCAACUAAGAAAAUGAAAGAAACCCCUGCUCUUUCUAUAACUCCAGAUCUUAGUGUUACACAGAGUCUUAAGAAGCUUAUGGCUCAAGAUACGACCAAGAAUUCCAAAAUAUUCAGAAGAAAACCAAAUAUUUUGGCUCAAAAGGGAAAAAUAUCAAGUCCUAAAAAAUUCCAAAGGCUUGGGACGGAGCAUAUAGAGUCCCUCGAUCAAAAUAGGAAGAGGCUGAUUUUGCUAGACAUGAAGAAACGGAAAAAUAAUAAACGGCCACAGGUUUUAAGAAGACUUAAGGUUAUCCAUAAAGAAAUUGGUCAUAGCCAUCCAACUACUUUUAUCAGAAACUCAACCCGGUUGUUCUCAAGUCAAGAUGUUCAGCAGGUUGAUGAAGAAAUUAAACUGAAGAAAGAUUUUGAGCAUAAAGAAUCUGUAGGAGCCCAUUCCUCUGCUGUUCAAAAUUCUCUUGAGACAGAAGAAAUUUCGGGAGAUAAAUCCUCUAGUUCUCUGGACACAAUAAUUGAGCCAAAUAGCAUACCAUAUUCAUUUAUGUCAAAACCUGUUGUACAGUCCUCUAAACUGAAGAGGUCAAUGCAAAUUUUGCCAAAAAGAAUAUCUAAAUUAGGAUUUUCUACUUCAGAUCCUCAAAGAAUUAAGGCUGAGCCAAAAGUACUUUCUCGAAGGGUCUCAAAGUUUCUAAACAUCCCGACAUAGGAACAUAAGUAGUUCACAGUUUGAAUUAUAAUGAACCAGAUUUUACCGCAAACUUAUAUAGAGUUAAAGAUCUCAUAAUGCUAUUUGGCCUAAAAUUGUUAGGCUCAUCUGGUUUCCUACAGAGCAAGAAUCUAUCUUUAGCAAGUUUACAGGGUUCUGGUUCAACCAAAAGAGGGCAGUUAUCUGCCUAAAACUAGGACA